AUGGCAUCUCUUUGCAUGGCAUGUAAAAGUGAAACUGCACCACCGUCUUACCACUAUUUCACUCGACUUGUCAAAUCUCUUGCCACGUAUAUCUGUUCUCGAGCAUGUGAGAAGUCGACAUACCAGUUCGAAUUGGGUUGUCAUUGCAGUUGGGUUGGCUCUAUGGCCCAGAAGCCGAGAAUUAUUAGCCUUUUGCCAAUAUCAUCGGAUUCGCUCGUUAGACACAGUGCUGUCAAUAUGAUUCAAUCUACCAAACCACAAGACAGUAUACGCUUGUACUUACUGAAUCCCGAAGUGCCAUUUCCAAUAUUUAACUGGGCCUUCAAGAACUUGGCCGUAUGGAGUGAGGCCUGGAAGCCAAGUGAUUCCGACGAGGUUUCAUUCUCUAGAAGGAUCGAAAAUGCCCAUGUUAUCUCGAAUGUAGUGGCGGAGAAUGCUGUGGGGUCUCACUCUUCUGCUCGGAACCUUUGA